UGCUAUACGUUUUUAAAACUACGUGAUAUGUAGCUAGCCACUAGCUACUGCUACUUUAUCUAAUUUGUAAUGGCUGAAACUGAGAAUUUAGCACGGAGAGGAUUUCUGGACAUUAGUCCAGUAAAGCGAGCCGAAGCUAACAAGGAGAACGAUGUUCCAGUUUUGGUUUUAACACUGUUUUCAAAGGCUCCUUUUGUGACAUUUGGAACAGUGAAGUUGGGCACCUCCAAAUCGGCUGUUCUGCGUAUUGAGAACCCUACAGAGGAUUCAGAAGUGGAUGUUACGAUUGAAAAGAUCCCUGCAAGUAAAGGAUUUUCUGUGGACAACAGGACGUUCACGAUUCAGCCCGAGGACUCAUUCAAUUUGAACGUAACAUGGACUCCAACAGAAGAAGGUGGAAUAAGAGAGCUCAUCGUAUUCAAUGCCAAUGGGGUCCUCAAACACCAGGCUGUUCUGCUGGGGAGAGCAGAAGCCCCCAAAAAGAAAAAGAAAAGCUUAUGGGACACUAUCAAAAACAAAAGGGAUAGUGAAAACGUAAGCGCACCCAGGAGAAGAAAAACUGAGCAGCCACUGAAGAUGGCAGCCAACAAAACCUUCCAAGUUUCCCGAAAGUCACAGUACAAGCGGGAAAAGCCACGCAGCCCUCUUGCCUCCCUCAAUAAGUGCGCAGAUGUCAGAGAGAGGUCCCUCUCCAAGCCUACUCCAAUGGUCGAUUACUCCCAGAAUUCAGAGGAGCAGAAGGCCUAUAAUUCCUCUCAGAGGCAACGGUCUCUGGGUUUGUCUGACCAGGAGAAUAUCCAUUGUCUUCAGAAUGACUCUCCUCUUGUCUUGCUCAUCCCUGCCGGGAAGCUGAUGGACUCUGGCAACAUGUUUGCUAGUCCAGAUCUGCACAUGGGCAAACCCGAAAAUAGAGAUCUAAUCAAGAUGCUCAACAAGACGCUGUCACCUAUCGGUACACCGGAGAUGUUUAAGAAGUUCAUGCCACGUAUUCAGUCAGACAGCCCACUUUCCACUGCUUUAAAUUCUGCUGACAGUGGGUUAACUGGAACCCCGGUUCCCUCUUUGAAAGACGCACUAACCCUCAUUGACUCUGAUCUGAGCAAAAUGAACACCAGUUCUAGAGACACAAGUUCAAGCUGUGACUUUUCAGAUUCAUUGGACUCCAAGAGUGGGACUCGUGGCUGUGGACCUGAAAAAAAUGCCCUUCCAGCGUUACCUGAUAGCCCACUUGGGUCAGACUCCAAUGAGCCGAGGCUAACCUUCUUUGUCAGUAAAAAUAUUGUUGUGAGUGAGGUUGUUUGCAAGGGUGAUAAGGCUACGGAAAGGGUCAAAAAGACCUCUUUUACUUCUGCCACAGUGAUCAAGAACAAAGCACCAGUGGAGGCAAAUCUUUCAAAUGGAAGGCUGAUAAAAAAGUCAAGACGAAGGCUCUUAGAGAAAACCCUGGAACUGUCUGAUGGAAGCAGUCAGUGUGAGUCUGCACCAGGCACUCCUAACCUUCCUGUCAUAAAUCUAGAAACGGACACCAAAGGUUUGCAAAACUCUGCCAACUCCCCGUGUGAUGACAGAACUCCAGCCCAGGAGUUAACCUCUUCCAGGCUGUCUCCACGGCUUGAUGGCUCCCCUACACCCAUCACCUUCCCCGUCACCUCCCCCCCAUCUUUGGCCCCGGCUCGCUUCUCUUUCUCAGGCACUUCCACGCCCCCAGCAGCCCCCACUCCCCUUGUUUUGACUGUCAGCUCCCCGUCGCCCCUGUGCUCAUCUUCUCCUCUUCACCGCAAUCUGACACCACAGGCGUCUCCAACUCUGUCUGUAUCCAAGUUUGUGCAGGACGAAUCAUUUCCCAUUUAUAUGGCCGUGAAGAGCAAGAAGAGAAAGAGUGAGGAGUAUUUAAAAAGUGAUGUGAAGAUUGAGGAUGCUGGGAAAGCUGAGCGUGUGAAAAGGAGCAAGAUGGUACCUGGGAAAAUGGAGCCCCCAAGAUCCUUCCAGGAGAGGAGGAGUGCAUCACAGAAGCCGAGAACAGCAGUGAGAUCGAUGACAACAUCCUCUCUAAAGAUGGCCAGGUCUGUGGUUCCUGCCCAGGCAAAGCAACCAAGCUCCAAACUCACCUCAUCACGAGAUGUCCAGUCUCUGAAGUCAUCUCGCAGUUCCUCUAUGAAGACAGCGAAGAUUGCUGCUGUAGCGCAGUCAAAGCUGACCUUUAUUAAGCCGGCGGCGCAAACAGCCAUACCUAGACACCCAAUGCCGUUUGCCGCCAAGAACAUGUUCUACGAUGAGAGGUGGAUCGAGAAGCAGGAGAGGGGAUUCACAUGGUGGAUCAACCACGUUCUCACCCCGGAUGACUUUAAAGUCAACACUGAAGUCGCUAAAGUUAAUGCUGUAUCCAUUGCCAUUGGCAGCGACGAUAAGUACAGCGUUCCCAAAGCUCCCACCAAAGAGGAGAUGUCUUUCAGCACUUACACGGCCAGGCGGAAGCUGAAUCGCCUCCGUCGCUCUGCCUGUCAGCUGUUCACUUCUGAGGCCAUGGUCAAGGCCAUUCAGAAGCUGGAACUGGAGGUGGAGGCCAAGAGGCUGCUGGUCCGGAAAGAUCGCCAUCUUUGGAAGGAUAUAGGUGAACGGCGAAAAGUCCUCAACUGGCUUCUUUCAUACAAUCCGCUGUGGUUACGGAUUGGGCUCGAGACGAUCUUCGGGGAAUUGAUCUCACUGGAGAGCAACAGCGAUGCGUUGGGUCUGGCCAUGUUCAUCCUCCAGCGGCUGCUCUGGAACCCAGACAUCGCUGCGCAGUUCAGACACGCCAAGGUGCCAAACCUUUACAAAGAAGGCCACGAGGAGGCGCUGUCUCGCUUCACUCUGAAGAAGCUGCUGCUGAUGGUGUGUUUCCUGGACAAAGCCAAAGAGUCACGACUGAUUGAACACAACCCCUGUCUGUUUUGCCUGGACGCAGAGUUCAAGACGAGUAAAGACCUGCUCCUGGCCUUCUCCAGGGACUUCCUGAGCGGAGAGGGGAUCCUCCCCCGGCACCUGGGCUACCUGGGGUUGCCAGUCUCCCACAUUCAGACGCCCCUGGACGAGUUCAACUUUGCUGUGAAGAACUUGGCGGUUGACUUGAAAUGCGGCAUACGUCUAGUGCGUGUGAUGGAACUCCUCAUCCAGGACUGGAGCAUGUCAGCCAAACUCCGCUUGCCAGCAAUCAGCCGCCUGCAGAAGAUCCACAACGUCGACAUGGCUCUGCAAGUGCUCAAAAGCAAAGGGGUGGACCUUAAGGAUGAACAUGGCUCUAACAUUGAUUCCAGAGACAUUGUGGAUGGACACAGAGAAAAGACUCUGAGCCUGUUGUGGAAAAUCAUCUUUGCGUUUCAGGUGGAGGUGAUUCUGGACGGGGAACAGCUGAGGGAGGAAAUUGGCUUCCUGAAGAGAUCUUUGACGGCCAAGCGGAGGCUGGCGUGCCUGAGGGCCGACCGGGGACUUCAGCCGAGUCCUGCAAAGAGCCAGGUGCCGUACCAACACGGCAGCUCCAAGAUCACCCUGCUGAUGGACUGGGUCCACGCUGUGUGUGACUUCUACAAUCUCAAGGUGGAGAACUUCACAGUGUCGUUCUCGGAUGGCCGCGUCCUCUGCUACCUCAUCCACCACUACCACCCGGGCGUCCUGCCAGAGAGGGCCGUCAGUCACAGCACCACUCAGACAGUGGAGUGUUCACAGAGGGGCCGCCUGGAGCUCAACUGCUCAGCCAGCGACUCUGACAACUCCUUUGACUCAUCGCCCACGGGACUGAAUGGCCCAGAUUCUCCAUCUGUGGAGUUCAAAGAGCUCCUGGAGAAUGAGAAGAAUAACUUCAGACAGGUCAACACUGCAGUUUCUUUCCUGGGCGGAGUUCCUGCCAUGAUCAACCCAGCGGACAUGUCCAACACCAUCCCCAAUGAGAAGGUUGUGAUGUCUUACCUCUCCUUCCUGUGUGCUCGUCUUCUGGACCUUCGCAACGAAACCAGAGCCGCUCGAGUCAUACAGGCCGCCUGGAGGAAAUACAGGUUAAAGAAAGACCUGCAGCUCUACAAGGAAAGGAACAUAGCUGCUGCGAAAAUCCAGUUAGUUGUGAGGAGUUUUCUGCAGAAGCGCAGAGCUAAGAGACAGAACCAAGCUGCAAUUAUCAUCCAAUCAGUCUGGAGAGGUUUUGUGGCCCGCAACAGGCUGAGGCUAAAAAAACAGGCCCAUCUUCGGGCUCUACAGCAUGAAGCUGCAACUGUCAUUCAGGCUCAGUGGAGGAUGUUUUCGUCUAUGAGGGCUUACCAUCGUCUCAGAUACUACACCAUUGUUGUCCAAGCACAAUGGCGAAUGAGGAGGGCAGCCUCUGCUUAUAGGAGAAUAUCCUGGGCGGCAACUGUCAUUCAGAAGCACUCUCGAGCAUGGGCUCUGGCAAAAAGAGACCGUGAACAUUAUCUUCACCUUAGAGCUGCAGUCAUGAAAAUACAAAGAGGGUACAGAAGAUGGAAAACCCAGAAAAUGGAGAAGGAAAACCGUGCUGCCAAAAUGAUACAAACUGUAUUUAAGAAAUGGUAUGAGGAAAAAUUGGCAGGGAAAACUGCUGCUGCUUUAAAGAUUCAGUCUUGGUACAGAAUGCAGACGUGUCUCCAUCAAUACAAAAAGAUAAAGAGAAGCACUGUGCUCAUUCAAGCCCAGUACAGAGGUCAUGCACAGAGGCGCUGCUUUCAGAUGUUAAACCUACAGCACCACUCGGCUAUUGUGAUUCAAAGUGCCUACAGAGGACAUGCCCUCAGAAAACAGGUGGCAGAGAUGAGAUGCGCUGCUGUCAUAAUUCAGAGCUGGUUCAGGGCCUCCAUGGAAAGGAAAAUGUUAUUGAGGAUGAAAUGCGCUGCAAUUACCAUACAGGCAGCCUAUCGUGCAAAAGUGACUCGAGAGGCCCUGAAAAAACAGCACAAAGCAGUAACCGUAAUUCAGACAGCUUACAGGAAGCUUGCUGCCCAAAGGCGCUACCUUGUCCUGAGACAAGCUGCAGCUGUGAUACAGCAAAAGUACAGAGCCACAAUUUUGGCUCGUAAGACACAGAAGGAUUACAAUGCUUUAAGGAAUGCUGCACUUGCCUUACAAGCUCACUGGAGAGGCAGAACUGACAGAAAGAGGAUGGAGAAACGGCAUCAGUGUGCCACUCUGAUACAGGCAAACUACCGUCGGCACAAAUCGCAAGCAGAGUACAGGUCCAAGAAGGCCUGUGCUUUGGUUGUACAGCGUCACUACAGAGCUUAUGUGGCUGGAAAGGAGAUGAGAAAAACAUACCUGAGCAUGAGAGCAGCCUGUGUUACACUCCAGGCAGCCUUCAGAGGCAUGAAAGUCAGGAAAGAGCUGAGGAAACAUCACAAGGCAGCGACUGUCAUUCAGUCUUCAGUUAGGAUGUUUGUUUGUAGGAAACGGUAUAUCCUCCUCCAAAGUGCAGCGAUUAUCAUUCAAAGUCAAUACAGAGCUCUUCUGUUAUGCAAGGCGCAGCAAAAAAAAUACAGAGCGCUGAAGCUGGCGACCUUAAAGAUACAAGCCGUCUAUCGGGGAUAUAAAGUGAGAGGAGACUUAAAGAAGAGGCACAACGCUGCCAGAGCCAUCCAAGCUCGGUUCAGGAUGCACAUGAUGCGUAAGGCCUACCUUGCCACCAAGUGUGCCGCCAUCAUUAUUCAGCAACGUUAUAGGGCCAAUAUGCACAGAGAUCAACAGAUGCAGAGUUACAGGACAAUGAAAUCGGCUGCUGUAGUUAUCCAGGCAGCAUAUCGUGGCCACAAGGCCAGAAAGAAGAUUGCAGAGAUGCAUCAAGCUGCUAUAAUCAUACAGAGGAAGUUAGUUACUAUUCGGGAUAGAAAUCGGUUCCUAGCUCUUAAAGCAGCCGUUCUUGUUUGUCAGCAGAGGUACAGAGGGGUGACUCUGGCAAGAAAAGACCGAUUAGACUAUAUUUCAAAGCGCCGCGCAGUCAUUUGUCUGCAGACGGCCUACAGAGGAUGUAAAGUCAGAAAGCAGUUGCGUAUCCAGCAUUCGGCAGCUGUAACAAUUCAGUCUCACUUCCGAAAGUAUCAGCAGAGAACUUGCUACAAGUCCCUUCGCUGGGCUGCCAGUGUUUUGCAAGCACAUUACAGAGCCAACAAGAAAAUGAGAGAGGAGAUGAAAGCCCUCAGGGCCAAGAGAAAUGCGGCAGUUGUCUUACAAGCUGCAUUCCGAGGAAUGACAACCAGACGAAUUAUCAAACGAAGGCAUCAGGCUGCCAAUGUUCUCCAGAGAGCUUACAGAGCCCACUGUGAACACCAGCAGUAUCAGACCCUAAAAUACUUCGUUCUCACCAUUCAGCGAAGAUAUCGGGCCAAUGUGGCAGCAAAGGAACAAAUGCAACAAUACCAAAGGAUGCGCAGUGCUGCUGUUGUUAUCCAGGCAGCAUACAGAGGCAAUCAAUUCAGAAAGGAGGUUGCUCGUUGGCAUCAGGCUGCCAUUGUGAUCCAGUCUGCAUUCAGAAAGCACAGAGAGGAAGUCAAAUUCCAGGCCAUGCGUCUGUCUGCCAUUAUCAUCCAGAGAUACUACCGCUCCUGUAUUCUUCAGAGACAAGAAAGGAAAGAGUUUCUAAAAGCAAGACAUUCGGUUAUUGUCCUUCAGGCAUCUUUCAGAGGUCAUCGUGUGCGAAGCAGCCUGGCCAAAAUGCACAGAGCUGCUACUGUCAUUCAAGCAAACUUCAAGAGGUAUAAUCAGCAGUCAGCCUUCAGGAAACAACGCUGGGCAGCCUGUGUCUUACAGCAGAGGUGUAGAGCUUGGAGACAGAAAAAUGCAGAGAUUGAACAUUAUCAACAGUGCAAAAAAGCAGCUACCGUGCUACAAGCUGCAUUUCGUGGAAUGAAAUCCAGACAACUUGUCAAACAAAGGCAUCACGCUGCCAGUGUUAUCCAAAGAGCUUACAGAGCCCACUGUGAACGCCAGCAGUAUCGAACCCUGAAGUCGUCCGUUCUCACCAUUCAACGAAGGUAUCGGGCCACUAAAGCUGCAAUGGAUCAAAUGCAAAAUUUCAACAUGCGCAGUGCCGCGAUCGUUGUUCAGGCAGCAUUCAGAAGCCAACAGGUCAGAAAGGAGGUUGCUCGUUGGCAUCAGGCUGCCACUGUGAUCCAGUCUGCAUUCAGAAAGCACAGAGAGAAAGUCAAAUUCCAGGCCAUGCGUCUGUCCGCCAUUAUCAUCCAGAGAUACUACCGCUCCUGUAUUCUUCAGAGACAGGACAGAGAAAAGUUCCUGAAAGUAAAACAUUCUGCCAUCAUCCUUCAGGCCUCUUUCAGAGGUUAUCGUGUGCGGAGCAGCCUUUCCAAAAUGCACAGAGCUGCUACUGUCAUUCAAGCUAACUUCAAGAGGCAUCAACAGCAAUCAGCAUUGAGGAAGCAACGCUGGGCAGCCUGUGUCUUACAGCAGAGGUUUAGAGCUCAGAGACAAAGAAAUGCUGACAUAAAACGUUAUCAACAGUGCAGAAAGGCAGCUACCGUGCUACAAGCUGCAUAUCGUGGAAUGAAAUCCAGACGAGUCGUCAAACAAAGGCAUCACGCUGCCAGUGUUAUCCAGAGAGCUUACAGAGCCCACUGUGAACACCACCAGUAUCAAACCCUAAUAUUCUCCGUUCUCUCCAUUCAGCGAAGAUAUCGGGCCACUGUAGAUGCGAAGAAACAGAGGCAACAAUACCAAAGGAUGCGCAACGCUGCUGUUGUUAUCCAGGCAGCAUGCAGGGGCAAUCAAGUCAGAAAGGAGGUUGUUCGUUGGCAUCAGGCUGCCAUUGUGAUCCAGUCUGCAUUCAGAAAACACAGAGAGGAAGUCAAAUUCCAGGCCAUGCGUCUGUCUGCCAUUAUCAUCCAGAGAUAUUACCGCUCCUGUAUUCUUCAGAGACAAGAAAGGAAAGAGUUUCUAAAAGCAAGACAUUCUGCCAUCGUCCUUCAGGCAGCUUUCAGAGGUCAUCGUGUGCGGAGCAGCCUUUCCAAAAUGCACAGAGCUGCUACUGUCAUUCAAGCUAACUUCAAGAGGCAUCAACAGCAAUCUGCAUUGAGGAAACAACGCUGGGCAGCCUGUGUCUUACAGCAGAGGUUUAGAGCUCAGAAACAAAGAAAUGCUGACAUAAAACGUUAUCAACAGUGCAGAAAGGCAGCUACCGUGCUACAAGCUGCAUAUCGUGGAAUGAAAUCCAGACAACUUGUCAAACAAAGGCAUCACGCUGCUAGUGUUAUCCAGAGAGCUUACAGAGCCCACUGUGAACACCACCAGUAUCAAACCCUAAUAUUCUCCGUUCUCUCCAUUCAGCGAAGAUAUCGGGCCACUGUAGAUGCGAAGAAACAGAGGCAACAAUACCAAAGGAUGCGCAACGCUGCUGUUGUUAUCCAGGCAGCAUGCAGGGGCAAUCAAGUCAGAAAGGAGGUUGCUUGUUGGCAUCAGGCUGCCACUGUGAUCCAGUCUGCAUUCAGAAAGCACAGCGAGGAAGUCAAAUUCCAGGCCAUGCGUCUGUCUGCCAUUAUCAUCCAGAGAUAUUACCGCUCCUGUAUUCUUCAGAGACAAGAAAGGAAAGAGUUUCUAAAAGCAAGACAUUCUGCCAUCGUCCUUCAGGCAGCUUUCAGAGGUCAUCGUGUGCGAAGCAGCCUUUCCAAAAUGCACAGAGCUGCUACUGUCAUUCAAGCUAACUUCAAGAGGCAUCAACAGCAAUCUGCAUUGAGGAAGCAACGCUGGGCAGCCUGUGUCUUACAGCAGAGGUUUAGAGCUCAGAGACAAAGAAAUGUUGAGAUAAAACGUUAUCAACAGUGCAGAAAGGCAGCUACCGUGCUACAAGCUGCAUAUCGUGGAAUGAAAUCCAGACAACUUGUCAAACAAAGGCAUCACGCUGCUAGUGUUAUCCAGAGAGCUUACAGAGCCCACUGUGAACACAAGCAGUAUCAGACCCUAAAAGCUUCCGUUCUCACCAUUCAGCGAAGAUAUCGGGCCACUGUAGCUGCGAAGAAACAGAGGCAGCAAUACCAAAGGAUGCGCACUAUUGCUGUUGUUUUCCAGGCAGCAUUCAGAAGCCAACAGGUCAGAAAGGAGGUUGCUCGUUGGCAUCAGGCUGCCACUGUGAUCCAGUCUGCAUUCAGAAAGCACAGAGAGGAAGUCAAAUUCCAGGCCAUGCGUCUGUCUGCCAUUAUCAUCCAGAGAUAUUACCGCUCCUGUAUUCUUCAGAGACACGACAGAGAAAAGUUCCUGAAAGUAAAACAUUCUGCCAUCAUUCUUCAGGCCUCUUUCAGAGGUUAUCGUGUGCGAAGCAGCCUUGCCAAAAUGCACAGAGCUGCUACUGUCAUUCAAGCUAACUUUAAGAGGCAUCAACAGCAAUCAGCAUUGAGGAAACAACGUUGGGCAGCCUGUGUCUUACAGCAGAGGUUUAGAGCUCAGAGAUUGAGAAAUGCUGACAUAAAACAAUAUCAAGAGGUCAGGAAAGCCGUUAUUUUUUUACAAGCCGCUUUCCGGAGACUGAAGUCCAGAAGAAUUGUCAAACAAAGACAUCAUGCCGCCUGUGUUGUCCAGAGAGCUUACAGAGGUUUCUCUGAACGCAAACAAUAUCUGAAAUUGAAGUUUUCUGUCCUUACUAUUCAGCGAAAAUAUCGGGCUUCUGUUGCGGCUAAAGCGCAAAGAAUGCAUUACAUUGAAAUGCGCAAUGCAUCCAUCACGUUUCAGGCGGCAUACAGAGGAUGGAAAGUCAGAAAGGAGGUUGCUCGUUGGCAUCAGGCUGCCACUGUGAUCCAGUCUGCAUUCAGAAAGCACAGAGAGGAAGUCAAAUUCCAGGCCAUGCGUCUGUCCGCCAUUAUCAUCCAGAGAUAUUACCGCUCCUGUAUUCUUCAGAGGCAAGAAAGGGAAAUGUUCCUGAAAUUGAAGAAAUCAACUAUUACCCUCCAGGUAGCUUUCAGAAGCUGGUGUGUCAGGAGGGAUAUACGUCGACAAAAUCAAGCCGCCAUUGUAAUCCAGUCAUUCUGGAGAUGCUCUGUGCAGAAGCGUAUCUUCCAGAAGAAGCGAGAAACUGCUGUGAAACUUCAGCGACGGGUCAGGGCACUGCUGCUCGGCAGAUUGGAGAGAAACAACUACAUCCGAAUGAGGAAGUCUAGUAUCACGCUUCAAUCGCACUGCAGAGCCUGGAUUGCAAGACGACAGGUACUAGAGAGAGCCAAAGCAGAGAGGAGGCUCUAUUUUACAUCAGCGGUCUUCCACCAUCUCAGUGCCAUAAAAAUCCAAAGAGCACUCAGAUCCCAUUGGGCUUUGGAGUCGGCCAAAAGACAAAUCCAUUGUGUCAUCACAAUACAGCGAUGUGUGAAGGCGAGGCAGCAGAGGAGGCGGUAUCUUGAGGACAGGAGGAAUGUGGUUGUAGCACAGAGAGCGGUCAAGCGUUGGUUAGCUCGUCGCCAGAAGGCGGCAUCCGUCAUCCAGCAGGCCGCCAGAAAAUUCCUCCUCCUCAGACGCCAGAAGAGGGUUGAACAGGGCAUUGUCAAAGCUCAGGCUCUCUGGAGAGGACACCGCUCCCGUCUACUGAAUGACAAGGCCAAGGUGGUGAAGUUGAGACACCGCUUACGUGAAGUCUCCGCCUGCGUCCGAAAUGAGGACAAAUUGUGCAACAAGACGUCCUCUGCCCUGGACUACCUCCUCCGAUACAAACACUUCUCGUACAUCCUUGAGGCCCUGAGAAACCUAGAGACUGCAACCAGACUGUCCCCAGAGUGCUGUGAGCGACUGGUGGAGAGCGGAGCCACAAAAAUCAUCUUUACACUCGUCCGCUGCUGCAACAGGAGCGUCCCCUGCAUGGACGUCAUCACCUACUCCAUCCAGAUCCUCCUCAACCUCUCCAAGUACCACAAGACCAUCGAGGUAGUUUAUUCGGUGGAAAACUCCGUGGAGACUCUGCUGGAUCUGCUGCAGAGAUACCGGGAAAAAGCCGGAGAUAAAGUGGCAGAAAAGGGCGGGAGCAUCUUCACAAAGGCCUGCUUCCUUCUUGCUCUCCUCCUGCAAGACAAGCACCGCGUUGUGGAGGUUAUGAAGCUACCCAAGGUGUUGGAUAGGAUAAGCAGUAUCUACCGCCUCACUGCCCGCAAACACAAGAUGGACGCUGAAAGAACUGUUACGAAACAGAAAAUGAACGCAUCAAUCAACGGGAGCUUUUUCAUUCAAGCAACGCCUCGUAAAUCCCGCCCUGGACCAAAAUUUGCACCGGAUUGGGUUCUCAGAAAGGACAAACUAAAAGAUAUUGUGGAUCCUCUCAGGGCCAUUCAGAUGGUGGCAAACACACUCAGUAUUGUGUUGUAAAUAGACAAGCUUUUAAAUGUUCUUUUACCAUCUCCUGUGCUUCAAAAAAUAGUGUAUUUUUUACUAUCUCAUAUCCAUGUAUUGCUUAUAAAUAUUAAAAUGGAUAUGUUUCUUAAACGUGGGCCAGUUUCAUGAUUCUAUCUAUUGUGUUUUUAUACUGAAAUGAGGCUGAGCAGGUGUGUGUCAAAAUGAAAUCUGGCUAACUUGCUCCCAGGUUGGUUUUUGCCACCUAAUGUAAUUGUUAGCACUGUUAACCAAGCACUCUACAAUGAGGAGUGUUAAAGCAUUUGUAGAAUGAAUUACAUCAUAGUGAUGUUUGUCAUUGUACUAAGAUGACUAGAUCUUUCAAAUAGCUUCCUUAUCAUUAGACCUAAAUGUGUCAAUGUCAUUGCAGAAUUGUACAACUAUUUUGGACAAUAAAGGCACUAUUCUCUUAAUUAGAGUUGUAUAUAUUUAUAAAAUAUACAUAUGACCCAUUUCAUUUAAACAAUGCAGCAAUAAAUGACUCCAUAAGAUCAGAAAUAUGCAGUUUUUAAAAAGACAAUUUGAUUUUUUUCAACAGCUUCUAUAUUAUGUGACCUAAUGACUUGAAAUCAAUGUGAUAUAAUUAUUGAACAUCGGAUACAUCUUUAAUUAAAGUAAAACCAAUAUUUUA